CCGCUCCUCACCAACCCCCAGGUGUCUCACUGAGGCCCGAGAAAACUACAGCUCCCAGGCUGCAUCGCGCCGAGGCCCGUAGUCCGCGAAUCAGGCGGCUCGGGUCAGGUGACUUCUGCCCAGCCCUCACGGUAUGUCAAGCCGGCCCCGGGAAGCGCGUACAGUCCGAGACGACUGCCUCGUUCCAUCUGGUCGGUGCCCUGAGCCUAGAGGACCUCAGUUUAUCGAAAUCAAGGAACAUGAUAAGGAGGUGGCUGGUUAUUUUUAUCCUUUUUCCCCUGCAGCUCAUAGAGAAAUGUGAGUCAACAGUUGACUUCUCUGUACCCCCCAUCGUGAAGCUGGAAAACGGAAGCUCCACCAGCGUCAGCAUCUCCCUCCUGCGCCCUUUAAAUGCAACCUUGGUGAUCACUUUUGAAAUCACAUUUCGUUCAAAAAACGUUACUAUCCUUCAGCUCCCUGAUGAAGUUGUAGUGCCUCCCGGUACAACAAAUUCCUCUUUUCGAGUGACAUCUCAAAGUGUUGGACAAGUUACCACUUAUCUGCAUGGAAAUCACUCCAACCAGACCAGCCCAAGGAUUCGCUUCUUGGUGAUCCACAGCAACAUCGUCAGCAUCAUAAACCAGGUGAUCGGCUGGAUCUACUUUGUGGCCUGGUCGGUCUCCUUCUACCCUCAGGUGAUCACCAACUGGAGGCGGAAAAGUGUCGUGGGUCUGAGCUUCGACUUUGUGGCCCUCAACCUGAUGGGGUUCAUGGCCUACAGCGUGUUCAACAUCGGCCUCUUCUGGGUGCCUUCCAUCAAGGAGCAGUUUCUCCUCAAAUACCCCAACGGCGUGAACCCCGUGGACAGCAACGACGUCUUCUUCAGCCUGCAUGCGGUGGCCCUCACCCUGGUUGUCAUAGUGCAGUGCCUCCUGUACGAGCGAGGCAACCAGCAUGUGUCCUGGCCGGCCAUCAGCUUCCUGGUGCUCUCCUGGCUCUUCACGCUCAUCGCCCUGAUCAUGGCUGCGGUCGGGGCCACAACAUGGCUGCAGUUUCUCUUCUGCUUCUCCUACAUCAAGCUGGCAGUGACGCUGGUCAAGUAUUUUCCACAGGCCUACAUGAACUUUCGCUACAAAAGCACCGAGGGCUGGAGCAUUGGCAACGUGCUUCUGGACUUCACUGGGGGCAGCUUCAGCCUCCUCCAGAUGUUCCUGCAGUCCUACAACAAUGACCAGUGGACACUGAUCUUCGGAGACCCGACCAAGUUUGGCCUCGGCAUCUUCUCCAUCAUCUUCGAUGUUGUCUUCUUCAUCCAGCACUUUUGCUUGUACAGAAAGAAACCAGGGUAUGACCAGCUGAACUAGCUCCCCGGGAACCAGUGGAAAGAGCCCAGGCCCGGGCCCUGGUGGGGAAGUUUCCAUCAGGAAGGCUGGAGAAGCAGUCUGGAGAGCUGGGCUGGCUCCGUGCAGAGAAGCACUCUCUUCCUCAGGGCCAGACGCCUUAAACUUGAGCCAGCCUGCCUUCAUCUUGGACUCUCCCAGGCCAGGGAGGACCCUCCCUCUGGGAUAGGCACCCUGACUGUGUGCAGAGAUUAACAGCUGGUGGCCCCUCCUGGUCUCCCCAGAGGCCUGUGGCCCCUGGCCUUUCUGGUCGGGCGCCUGGCCCUCCUGCAUCUUGAUGCUACAUCUGUUUUCUUUAAGGCUUCAGGCAGCACACAGGGCUUCUGGCAGCUGUCCCAGGCAGGACUGAGCACUGAGCUUGGAGCUGAAGGCCUUGCCCCACCGCCCAAGCAACCAGUGUUUCUGGGAGCGGCUUGAAGGACUGACCCGGCAGCUGGGAGAGUCAAGGGAGCCUUGCUGCCACUGCUGUGUUCAGAGACCAAGCAGCCAGGUGCUGUGCCUGAUAGACCCGCACGUGCUGGUGUUGGUGGCAGAGGGGCCAGGACUUCGGAGUUAGGCCUUGGGGUGCCACCUCUGAAGGCUAUGUUCCCUGAGCACUCACUGUGCGGACACUCAUCCUACAUCCAGGUGGCCCCAGCCAGGCUCUCGUAAAGAACCAGUAUUUCCAAACCUUGAGGUGCCCAACAGAUUGGUUCGGAACCGAGCUCACAUCCAGCUCUCUCCGGAUCGUCAUCACACUAAUGAGCCAUUUGGGAUUUUUCAGAGGGAUGCUUCGGAAGUGAGUGGCUUACUUUCCUCUGCCUCUGCCUACCUCCACUUUCCCAUAUUCAGGCCCCACACGUGUUCCUUGCCCUGAGUUUGGAGGACAGGACACACACGUACACACACACACACACACACACACACCAGUCUGUGCCUUGCCACUAAGUCACUUCAGUCAUGUCCGACUCUGUGCAUUAGAGGCAUGUUAGACCUGCCCAGUGGUGAGAGCAGCUCCUUCCCUCACUUUCCCAGACUCCGACCUGAGACUCACCAACUUGCGGCUGUUCCAGAGCCUCAAAGGACUUGAGACCACCUCACACACUCCUUGUGGGCCCAGCCUGACCCCAGAGCCCAUUCCUUCCCACCCCAAGCAGUCGUCCUGCCUCUGGCAGGAGGGGAGGUAGAUGUGCCUUGUCCAUACCUCAAGCUUGUCGAUCCAUGAGAUGAACAAGGGGCUUCUGUCCUCAAUUAAACCUGAUUCAUUUCCUCUCUGCACACUGAGCAUUUGCCAGAUGCAGGAGGCAGGUGUGUUGGCUUCCGAACCAAGUCCUUAGGGCUUAGGGAGACAGCCUCAGUCAUUCCAUCGUAAGGAAGUGCGUGGGAUUUCGAAGUUCACCAGUCCCAAAAUGGCUGUGUGCCAACCUGGUGUAUCACCAGGGGAGCCCUGCUGGGUGGCACUGUUGGAUGCUCAGGGCCAGGCUGGUCCCACAGGGACUGUCUGCAUGACCAAAGGCGUGGCAGUCCGGCUGUGUGGCCGUAAGCAAGGGCUGGAUGGGUUCUUUAAGGGUAUGUGGGAGAAGGGGCAGGGGAGGGAGUGGUAAAUCUUCCAGAUUCCUCCUCUAGCCAGCCGUACUAAGUAUAAAAGAAUUUAGGGACUUGUUUCUCUAAAGCAGAAAGUGCAGCCUGA